CUGCCAGCAUUUGAGCAUUCUUCUUGUUCACCAUCUUUCAUAUUCUUGCGAUAUUGUGUUUAUUCAGCUCCAUCGAUCACGUAGUUGAUACGUCCAAGAAAGUAUUCCAGACCAGCGGUCAUGAACACCGGACGAAAGUCAAACAAUGAACUACUGUUUAUAAACUUCAACCAAGACUUCAGCUGCAUAUCAGUUGGAACACGACAUGGCUACAAGAUCUAUAACUGUGAUCCCAUUGGCAAAUGCUAUGGAAAAACCGAGGGAGGAAUCGGAAUAGUGGAGAUGCUUUUUUGUACAAGCUUGGUUGCAUUGGUUGGCGCGGGGGAACAGCCGGCGUUUUCUCCUCGACGACUGCAGAUUACAAAUACCAAGAGACAAUCCACCAUUUGCGAACUGACGUUUGUCACGGCCAUUCUCGCCGUUAAACUAAACCGAAAGCGUCUGGUCGUGGUGCUAGAAGAGCACAUCUACAUUUACGACAUUAGCAAUAUGAAACUUUUACACACAAUCGAUACUAGCCCCAACCCUAAUGCACUCUGCGCUUUGUCACCAUCCUCCGAUAAUUGCUACCUAGCUUAUCCGCCAAAUACGUCUGGUGCGGCGGGUGAAUUAUUGAUAUUCGAUGCAAUAAACCUUCAAGCUAUCAAUAUCCUCCAAGCACAUAAGAGUCCAUUGAGUUGUAUUGCAUUCAAUUAUGACGGAACAAUGGUGGCAACUGCUAGUGAUAAGGGGACGGUAAUCAGAGUCUUUGCGGUACCGACCGGUCAAAAGCUCUUUCAGUUCCGAAGGGGAACAUAUCCUGCUCGCAUCUAUUCAAUUUCAUUUAACCUUGACAACACAUUACUAUGUGUCUCGAGUGCGACAGAUACUGUUCAUGUCUUUAAGCUUGUAUCUGAAGAGGAACGGGAGGCAGCCGCACAAAUGGAGCGAAGACAUAGUUCAGGACAAAGAAAAAACAGCAUGAUAAGUUCACUAAAAGCGCCAAUUGCCACCGUUGCGGGCUCCGUAGGCUCUUACUUUCUACCGGACAUGCUAACUGAAAUGUGGGAACCCACGCGAGACUUUUGCUUUGCCAAACUGCCAUCAACAAGCAAAGGAGCGCAAAACAUCUGCGCUAUUAGUGAGCAAAUACUUAUGGUGGUUACCGCAGAAGGUUACUUUUAUCAGUUUAAAAUAAACACUGAAGAUGGCGGUGAGUGCACUCUUGUCAAGGAAUAUCCCCUAUUAGAGGGUGAGGGAGAUAUCAAGGCGAAUGCCGCUGGUGGACAAUGACUGGAUUGAUUGCGUAUACGGGUUCGAUUAGGAGCGCAAAAAUGUUUAUAUUGUGUUGUUUAUGCUUAGGUCGCCUUUGUUAUUUUGUACUUUUCUGGAGAUGCGUAGAUAAUAAUGUGAUACUUUGCCGCUGUACCUGGA